AAAAGAGGUUUCUGUCAUGUGUCAGCACACUGAGGACCAUGGCUACUGUUGCGGACGCGUCUUCGUUCUCGUCUUUUUUGAAGUGCAUUACCAAGCACUUGAACCUGAAAUACAGUGUCGAUUUUGACAGUCAGGUUCUAAAAGGGAAGGUUGCUCUCACCAUUGAAGCUCUGGAAGAUAAAUUUUCCACCCUGAUUCUUGAUACAAAGGACCUGAAGAUUUUUAAGGUGACAGCCAAUGGACAGGAAGCUAAGUUUACUGUUGGCGCAUCACACAGCUUUAAGGGAGCUCCUCUGGAAAUCACACUGCCCUUUGACCUCUCCCGGGGUCAACAUGUGAUUGUGGAGGUGACCUUCGAAACAUCCCCCAAAGCCUCAGCCCUUCAGUGGCUCACUCCUGAACAGACUGCUGGGAAGAAGCAUCCCUACCUCUUCAGCCAGUGCCAGGCCAUUCACUGCAGGAGCAUGGUGCCCUGCCAAGACACCCCAUCGGUGAAGCACACCUACUAUGCCCAGGUGUCUGUUCCCAGGGACCUGGUGGCUCUUAUGAGCGCGGUGCCUGACGGGCAGGAAGUGGAUCCCCAAGACAGCAGCCGAACUAUCUACCGCUUCAGGCAGACGGUCCCCAUGCCAUCGUAUCUGAUCGCCGUUGUGGUGGGGGCACUAGAGAGCAGACAGAUCGGACCAAGGUCUUCAGUGUGGUCUGAGAAGGAAAUGGUGGAUCUCGCCGCAUUUGAGUUCACAGAGACAGAGUCCAUGCUCAAGACUGCUGAGAAUCUGGCUGGCCCGUAUGUUUGGGGACAGUACAACAUCCUGGUUCUCCCCCCCUCCUUCCCUUAUGGAGGCAUGGAGAACCCCUGUCUGACCUUCGCCACACCCACCCUACUGGCAGGUGACAAGUCCCUGUCUAAUGUAAUAGCUCAUGAAAUCUCUCACAGCUGGACUGGAAACUUGGUUACCAACAGGACUUGGGAGCACUUCUGGCUGAAUGAGGGCCACACCGUGUACCUGGAGAGAAUGAUUGCCAGGCAUCUUCACAACGAGCAGUUCCGCCAGUUCAUGGCCAUGGGAGGCUGGAACGACUUGAAGGAAGCAGUAAACACCUUUGGUGCUAAAAGCCCUUUCACAAACUUGGUCAUCAACAUGGAAGAUGUUGACCCUGAUGAUGCCUUUUCCUCAGUUCCAUAUGAAAAGGGUUUUGCUUUGCUCUACCACCUGGAAGAAUUAAUGGGUGGCCCAGAGGUUUUCAUGGGGUUUGUUAAAUCCUACAUCCAGCUGUUUGCUUACAGCAGUGUUAUCACCGAAGACUGGAAGAACUACCUGUAUGUCUACUUUAAGGACAAGGUGGAUGUUUUGAAUAAAGUGGACUGGAACAGCUGGUUUCACACUCCAGGGAUGCCCCCAGUUAAACCAGAGUAUGACAGCACCCUGGCAGAUGCCUGCAUUGCUCUUUGCCAGCGAUGGACCAAGGUGAAAGAGGAAGACCUGGCCAGCUUCGGCCCAGAGGAUAUACAGGGAUUUUCCUCUCACCAGAUAAUUGAAUUCCUGUCCUUACUGCUGCAGGAGGAGCCUAUUCCAUUGUCCCAUGUGAAAAGGAUGCAGGAGGUUUACAACCUGAAUAGCAAAAACAACUGCGAAAUACGAGUCCGAUGGCUCCGUGUUUGCUUAAGAGCCAAGUGGGAGGAGGCAGUGCCUCUUGGUCUGAAGAUGGCCACAGAGCAAGGACGCCAGAAGUUCACCCGGCCUCUCUAUAGGGAGCUGUAUGGCUUUGAGAAAUUCCGGGCGGAGGUGGUGGAGACGUUCCUCAAACACCGGCCUUGCAUGCACCAGGUCACAGCUGCUCUGGUAGCCAAGGACCUAAAGUUGGAGCAAGCCCAGACCCCCAGCCAGUAGCCUGCUACUAUAUGUCUGGAUCGGUUCAGAGUGAAAUGUAUACUCUAGCAUCACUGCCGCAUGGUGUUAAACAAAUGGUAUUAAAAAGCCAUAGUCAAACAGCCUGAUUUUAUUAUCCCUGCCAGGGUUGCUUUUACAGUGUCUCAGGGAAAAAAUUAAUACAAUUUACAAAAUUUGUAUUGGGUGAUUUAAAAAAAAUAAAAUAAAAAUCACCGUAUCUCCAUUCAAAUCUACAUAAUAAAAUGUCUUCCCAUAUUCAGAUAUGCACAUUGUAACUGUCACUAAUAAAUGUACAUUGUGCAGACUGGAUGUGCAGCAAUUCUUACUCCUGAUUAUAUGGAUAUUGAUUUUUGGACACCAGUCAAGUCCUACGUAAAGUUAUUAAACUGCUCUGAAACAAUUUUAAGUAGAUAAUGUGAUUUUUACCAUGAGAACAAAGCUACCUGUGCAAAUAAUAUGUAUGGCCUAACCUCCAUUCAUAAACUUUGUAUGAAACUUUGAAUUUUCAUCUACAAUUCAUCUGUGACUGUCACCAGGAAAGGUGAUGAUGAUGAUGACGACAUUGAUGAUAUACAAUUCAUGGGAGCAUUUUCUCCUAUGAAUUAUCUCUUAGACUGAUAAACUUCUAACUUUGUGGCAGUUAAUGCAAAUUUGAAAUGUCUCGGUUACAAAAUGUGAGUAGUGUUUGACAGUUCAUUCACGUUGAUUAGAUGUUUAUUUGCUGUAAUGAUAGAAUCUUCAACCUCAUGGAAUUCUUAAAAUGAAUGACCAAAAAAUAUAUUGAAUAUCAAAAUAGUCACCUGGUUAUUUAGUCACCUGGCUAUUACACCUACAUGAAUUUUUAUGACAUCCCGAUCUAAUACAAUAGGCUUCAAUAUGGAGUUGCGCCCCCCCGCCCUGGCUCGCAAUCUCUUCUAGUUCAUCCCAAAGGUGUUUGAUGGGGUUGAGGUCAGGGCUCUGUUUGGACCAGUCAAGUUCUUCCACACCAAACUCACCGAACUAUGUCUUUAUGAACCAAAAUAUAUUAAUAUGCACAUCAAGACGUUUUGGACAAUUCUAUGCUACCAACCUUGUGGAACCAGUUGGGGUAAAACCCUUUUAUUUUUCAAAAUUCCCAGGAACAUUGUACAGGUCAGAACUUCUCAAACUAUGAGGUGUAGGACGAUUCUCGGAAUACAUGAAAAUAAAGUUUAUAAACUCAGGAUGCUGAUACAGUAGCCAGGACAGGAUUGCUUCAUGGAGACCAUAGCAUCUCUUAUCAUCAUUUUUCUGCAAAACCACAAAGCAAUAUUCAGGAAAUAUUGAUUGAGAGAGACAAACUACAAUCUAAAUAAUUAGUUCAAUUAAGCUAAAUAAAAGUUGCUAUAAAUGUUAA